ACCAAAAAAGGGAAACAUCUUUGUUAAUUACAAUCAAGAAUUGGAGGAGAGUUUUUAAUUUUUUUCCUUUAUUUUAAAUUUUUUUCAUCCCACUUGAGUUUUAGAUUUUUUUCCUUCUGUUUUUUAUUUUUUCGUACGAAAAUUCAUACCCUUGGAAAAAAAUUUGGUUUUCCUUGAAUGAUUUAUGAUUAUAUUUUUUGUUGAAGAAAGAGAUUCCAGAGUGGAAAUGAAUUCAUUUUGAUUGAGAAUCGUUUCUUCAUUAGCUCAUGCAGCUUUCCUCGUAGAUUGUGGGUUAUUAGUUGCAGUCUGACUUUGACAUCAACAAACCUUAGAGAAGAACAUUUCAUAUUGACAAAUUGCCAAAGGGAAUUUUCCACCGUUGAUCUUGACACCAAAAUAUGAAGGGUCUUCUAAAAGGUUUAAGAUACAUUUCCGAUAUAUUUGAACAGGAAAAAGAACAAGAAAUGCAAAUAGGGAAUCCUACAGAUGUAAAACAUGUUGCUCAUAUUGGUAUGGAUGGUCCUUCUGCCAAUAAGCCUAGCUGGAUGAACGAGUUUAAUUCGGCUGAAGAGCUCUCAUCGGAUACAUUAGCUAAUAAUCUACAAGAGACGCCUUCAGCUGCAGGAGAUCAUGAGUCAUUGCCGCCGACAAGCAAUGAGAAGCCAAAGAAGACAAGGCGCAAAGCAUCAAUAGAAAAUGGCACAGCCGUUGAGUCAUCGAAAGUCAGCGAGAAAGGCUCGAGGGGCCACCGUUCAUCCAACAACUCCAUGGGUUCCCCCGCCCGAGAAUCGUCUUCCCAAGGCAGGCGCCACUCCAAUCGUAGCAUCAACGGCAGUGACUCACCUUCACAAGACUUACCCGACAUUCCAAAGAAAUCUCGACGAAAGAAGUCGAAGGAAUCAUCAGGCGGAUCCGACGGGUCUUCGAUCUCGUCGAGAACGAAAGAAGGCUCUUUGCCAGAUGUCACCGAGCUCGAAUCUUAAAGAAUUACGGAAGCUUUCAAAGAACCAAAAAAAAAAAGAGAGAGAGAGAGAGAGAGCAGAGGAGGAUAACAACGUACGUGAUAGUUCUUUGCAUGGCUUACAUGGCUUUCAUGGCUUAAACGUCAACAGAAAACAUUUUUUUUAAAUAACGAAAUUAAAAUCUUGGGGAAAUUUGUUGAAAUUAUUAUUUUUUUUAAAAAAAGAGAGCAUAUACCAUUGUAUUGUAUUGGCGAUUGUUAGAGCUACUUAAAACAUUCU